GAUCAUUUGAUUUUGAGCAAUCUUACAUCAUUGCUUCAAUGUCUUUCUGAUCUUGGUCUUGAUAAGUCUCACGCAACAACAGCUGCCAUUUUAUGACAUAGCACUCAGCGGCACUACUAGGUAUCUCAGCGACACUGUACAGUAAAUAAGCUUUCAAACCAUGGUUCGAAUUUCAUCGACUGGUGAAAUUAUUCACGACGAACCACAGAACCGAAGCAUCAAUAAGCGCUCUCGCGGCCCCCAAAUUGAGUCUCUGUCAGGAAGCUCGCCGAGACAAACUAAUCGCCAAAGCUCCACUAAAUUCGGAACCAUUAAUGACGUAAGAGAUGACCACAGCUUUUCUGGACAAGGAAACCAGAACGGCGGCGGCGAGGCAGGAAAUUCCAGGUCGGUUUUUGGAGGUCAUGACCGAAAUGGAGGCGCAAAUGGGCAUAACAAUAAUAGGAGAGGAGGAGGAGGAGGUGGUGAUAUGGGCAAUGUGUUCAACUCUAUGAAUCAGAAGUUGAUACGCAUGGGCAUUCCUCGCAUUCCAAUUGGGCCUAUUGUCGUAGAGCCAAUAGUAUUAGCUGGACUCGGCCUGAGUUACCUAGUUUUAGGUACUAGAGGUCUGAUAUUUGGUGGGUUUCUGUUUGGCCUACAACAGUACGCGAAUUUGAGAACUUAGCGUAGUCAGUGUCGGUGCUUUAUUUUAUUUUAAUAUAAUCUUAUGUUCUUUGUUGGGCGUUUCUGGAGUCUUUUCUAGUGAAUAUCUCGAUGAAUCAAUAACAGCUCAGUUUUAUGGUUUUAUAUCUCUUAAUGAUAUACAGCUACAUCAUCAGUUGGUUAGAAAUUAUUAAAAAGAAUUUAUUUUUUGUAAAUAACUAUGAGAAUGAGACAUUCGGUCUAACCAAUGGUACAAUUUCAUUUUCUUAUGAG